GUACGCCGAUGGAAUAAUUAACUAAUAAUGUAGGAAGGAAUUGAGUUGUUCGCGACGUUACCUGUUUUCUACACGGACGUUAUACACGAGAGCACACACUCUGACAGAUGAUUUUAGUUCCGAAGACCUGUACUUUCCGGACCGAUCUUGCCGUCUAGUUUGUUCAUUUUCACUAUUCUUACUCGAAUUAUCACCUUUAUUUCGUUCACGUUGUUUCGAUAUAUUUAUUUUCCUGAUGGCGACAGUCGAGGAACUGAAGCUGCGCGUGCGAGAGUUGGAGAAUGAAUUGAUAAAAUGUAAGCAGAAGCAGUGUUCCAUGGCGGAGGCUCACAGCCAGGAACACCACAGACCGAAGAUUGACCAAAUGAGUGCGGAGGUUGUGGAUUCCAACCCAUACAGUCGUCUCAUGGCUUUAAAGAGAAUGGGCAUCGUGAAGGAUUAUGAGAAAAUCCGGACAUUCACAGUCGCUGUGGUCGGCGUUGGGGGGGUUGGCAGUGUGACAGCUGAAAUGCUCACUAGAUGUGGCGUUGGUAAGUUGCUCCUCUUUGACUACGAUAAAGUAGAGCUGGCCAACAUGAACCGGCUGUUCUUCCAGCCUCACCAGGCCGGCCUCAGUAAAGUGGAGGCUGCGGAACACACUCUCAGGAGCAUCAACCCAGACGUGUCAUUUGAGAGCCACAACCACAACAUCACCACAAUGGACAAUUUUACACAUUUUAUGGAGCGCAUCAGUUAUGGAGGGCUGGAGGAAGGGAAGCCGGUGGAUUUGAUUCUGAGCUGUGUGGACAACUAUGAAGCCAGAAUGGCCAUCAAUACCGCCUGUAAUGAACUCGGUCAGAUCUGGAUGGAGUCUGGUGUCAGUGAGAACGCGGUAUCGGGACACAUCCAGCUCAUCAUUCCUGGAGAGACGGCGUGCUUCGCAUGUGCUCCUCCUCUGGUGGUGGCCGCUAACAUAGAUGAGAAGACCCUAAAAAGAGAGGGUGUGUGUGCUGCCAGCUUGCCGACAACAAUGGGCGUGGUCGCAGGCCUCCUGGUGCAAAAUGUCCUCAAGUUUCUGUUGAAGUUCGGAACGGUCAGUUAUUAUCUCGGCUACAACGCCAUGCAGGACUUCUUCCCCACCAUGACCAUGAAGCCCAACACCCAGUGUAGUGACCGCUACUGCAGGAGUCAACAGGAAGAGUACAAGAAGAAAGAAGCAGAGUGCCCCAAGGUCGAGGCUGUGCAGGAAGAGGAGGAGGAGGUCGUACACGAGGACAACCAGUGGGGUAUUGAACUCGUAUCAGAAGUGACGGAUGCAGAGUUACAGGCUGCGUCGGGCGCUGUGCCUGACCUCCCAGAAGGCAUUACGGUGGCUUACACCAUUCCAGUUGAGGAUACAGAAAGUGGGGAGACGGUGGGGGAGACCGAACAGAGCCUCGAAGACUUGAUGGCUCAGAUGCGAAAGUUGUAGGCAAACAAUCAGACGCCAUCGACUUCUUUGAUAACGAGCAUCCUCAUAAAAAUAAUUAAUGUCAAAUGAAGAAUUUCAGAAUGAACUCAUCUAACGGCUAAAGAACAGAAAUGCAUGAAAAGUGCUGCUGAUGACAUUUCAUGCUCCACAGGAAAUAAAAAUAAAAAAACCAGUCAAAUUUAGAACAUGUUGAUAUACUAGGAAGGUGUUUAGCACUUGGAGUUGGUACAGUCUCUCAUGAAAUGUAUAUAAACCGAGGAUAAUAUCACUGUCAGUGCAUUAACAUAGCCACAAUGUGUAUUUUCUACGGUUUUGAUUCGUGAACGGGUUUUCUGCCGACCUUUUUAAUGGUUGUGUCAUUCACUCAGCUUUCAAGAAAAUUAAAACAAAUCUGCUGCAACCAUUUAAAACAUGUUGAAGUUGUUUCAAUAAAGUAUUUAUUAGAUGGAAUACAA